GACCUACCAUGGCCUGUGAGACUAGCAAAAUGGGGAGCGUCGACUCGUCACCCUUGCGUCGGACGACACCAACCCCGUCGUCCCCUGUGUCGCGGCAAAUACCCCUUCUCACUCGAGACGAAGUCGCUCGUCGGAUCACCUCGGGUCUCGCCCUUUUCAUCCAUCGUUGUCGAGUGGUCAACGCGACGUCCUGGCUCUCUCAUCAUCCCGGUGGAUCCCUUGCCAUUCUCCACUUCGUCGGACGUGAUGCCACAGAUGAAGUCGAAGCGUACCACUCUCCCGCAGCCCUUGCUCGAAUGGAACGAUUCGUCGUCGGGCGUAUCGCUCUUGAUCCUGAAACAGGUUGGAGGCCACUUACACCCCCCAUUGCUCUCGGCCUCGUUGCUCAUCCCGACGGUGUCAAGGGACAUUGGGCUAGAGAGGGACGUUUAGUAUUGGGGGAAGAGAUGCUGCGACCUAUGGCUGAAGAAACAAGCGAAGACGUUAUUGUACUUUCACCUCAACAGCUCGAACCGCCUUCUUCAGACAUAGAUCUCAAGAGAGAAAGACAAAGAUCUCUCGCCUAUCGACAACUGAAAUUGAAAGUGAAAGAAGCGGGUUUGUUCGACAGACCUGGACCACUUGUAGGGUAUGGGUGGGAUAUCGUUCGGUAUAUUGGUUUGGGCGGUGGGGCAUUCGGUCUAUUUCAUAUUACAAAUGGCUGGAUAGGAAAGAUGAUCUCAGCGUUGUUAUUGGGAUUUUUAUAUCAUCAACUGACUUUUGUGGUACACGAUGCUGGUCAUACGGGUAUAACGGGAGAUUGGUGGUGGGAUAGAGUCAUUUCCAUGACAGUCGCAUCGUGGAUUGGAGGACUGAGUGCAGGAUGGUGGUGCGAUAACCACAAUAUACAUCAUUUGGUGACAAAUCAUCCUGAACAUGACCCGGAUAUCCAACACAUACCCUUCUUCGCCAUCUCUAAGGAUUUCUUCUCAUCUUUAUGGUCUACAUAUUAUAAACGCGUCAUGGCAUUUGAUAUCUUCUCCAAAACCUUGAUUUCUGUACAACAUCGACUGUAUUACAUCGUUCUCUCCCUCGCCCGUUUUAAUCUCUACGCUCUCUCUUACGUUUACCUCUUCGGUCCAAAACCGAAGCAUGAUGCUUUCUGGCGUUACGAACUCCUUGGUGUAGCCUUCUUUUGGGUUUACUUCGGGGCUAUGCUUCGGUCACUACCCAGUUGGAAAAUGCGUCUUGCCUACUUGCUCGUCAGCCACAUUGCUAGUAGUCCCGUUCAUGUACAGAUCGUGCUCUCACACUUCGCCUGCUCGACCGAUGAUCUCGGGCCAACUGAAUCCUUCCCUUCUAGACAACUACGUACAACAAUGGACGUCGUGUGCUCCGAAGUCGUCGAAUUCAUACAUGGUGGCCUUCAUUUACAGGUGACGCAUCAUCUUUUCCCCCGAUUACCUCGGCACAACCUGCGUAAAGCUUCUUUGUUGGUCAAGGAAUACUGUGCUGAGCAAGAUUUGGUGUAUAUAGAGCAUGGUUUCGUUGAGGGAAACCGACAAGUCUUAGGCGUUUUACAAGAGGUGGCGAGGCAGAUUCAAUUCCUUCAUACGGUUGCGGAGGCCGAGGUCAGUCACAAGCUCCAAUGACCGUAGAACGUACAACAUAGAGAUUCUAGUGAGAGAGAUGCUACAUCUAUCACCGUC